AUGGCUUUCUCCCCGCGCUCGCCGUGGUCGCGUACCAAGAGAACCGACGUCUACUCAACCUUUGUCGUCCACGGCGAUGACGACGAAGACGACGCCCGCGGCAGCAGGGGCGGCAGGGGCCCCUCCACGCGGGCGGAGGAAGACGAGGAGGAAGACCCCUCCUCGCUGCCUCCGCUUCUCCAGCGGCUCCCCAAGGACUUCGGCGGCCCCUCCUUUGACGACGACGAGGACCCAUACUCCUCCGACCCCGACGAUGCUUCCCUCUCCGCUACGGUGGUCUUCAAGAGCGACACCCCGGCCUCCGCUCGAUCUCCGUUCCUGGAUCUGCGGCGCUCCAGCCCCCGCGCUACCGAUGACGACCCAUACUCUACCUUCGUCGUCCACUCCACCGCACGCUCGGGGGGGACCUCCUCCAGCCCUCGCGGGUCCGCCUCCGGCACAUUCAUCCGUCGCUCGGGGGGCUCGUCCAGCCCUCACGAGUCCGUCUCUGGCACAUUCAUCCGCCGGACCAGCAGCCCGUCGAGCCCCCGGGAGUCGGUCUCCGGCACAUUCAUCCGCCGACCAGGGAGCCCGUCGAGCCCCCGCGGGUCGUUCUCUGGCACCUUCAUUCGCCACACCAGCGGGGGUUCCAGUUCCCAUGAAUCUGCUUCUGGCGGCGGCGGGGGUUUCGGGUCCUCUUUCUGGAGUCCAGCGGUGGAGCAGACAGAGGAGCUCCGGCAACCGUCGCCUCUGAUGCAGCAACAACAACAGCAGCAUUCAAGGCGGAAGCCAUCAGUGAGCUCGGCACCAGACAGUGUUACCAGAGAGGAUCCUUCCACCAAGUACGAGCUGCUCCAUGAGCUUGGGAAAGGUUCAUAUGGUGCAGUGUACAAAGCAAGGGAUCUCAGAACGCAGGAGCUUGUGGCUGUCAAGAUUAUCUCAUUAACAGAAGGGGAAGAAGGAUAUGAAGACAUACGGGGAGAAAUUGAGAUGCUCCAGCAAUGUAGCCAUCCAAACGUUGUCCGCUACUUUGGAAGCUACCAAGGAGAGGACUACCUAUGGAUAGUUAUGGAGUACUGUGGUGGUGGAAGUGUUGCCGACUUGAUGGGCAUCACAGAGGAGCCUCUUGAUGAAUCCCAAAUAGCUUAUAUAUGUAGAGAAGCACUAAAGGGCCUUGCUUACCUGCACUCCAUUUUUAAAGUUCAUAGAGAUAUUAAGGGUGGCAACAUUCUUCUAACUGAGCAAGGCGAGGUGAAGUUGGGUGAUUUUGGUGUAGCUGCCCAGCUGACAAGAACCAUGUCAAAGCGCAACACGUUCAUUGGUACUCCACAUUGGAUGGCACCAGAGGUCAUUCAAGAAAGUCGUUAUGAUGGAAAGGUAGAUGUUUGGGCAUUAGGUGUAUCUGCAAUUGAGAUGGCAGAGGGCAUGCCACCAAGAUCCACUGUGCAUCCAAUGAGAGUUAUCUUCAUGAUAUCUAGUGAACCAGCACCAAUGCUGGAGGAUAAAGAGAAAUGGUCUCUACUCUUCCAUGAUUUUAUUGCAAAGUGUCUAACAAAAGAUCCAAGACUUCGGCCUGCUGCAAGUGAGAUGGUGAAGCACAAAUUUAUUGAGAAGUGCAAUAGUGGAGCUUCAAAAAUGUUGGCGAAGAUCAAGGAAGCGAAGAAGAUUAGAGCCACACUUGCUGUGCAAAAUGAACUAUCUGACUCUAACAACACAAUGCAAGAUGUGCCUGUUCGAAUAAAUGAAGACUAUGGGGAAACUGUUCCUACAAAUUCUCAGCAACACAUGAAUCAUGGAACAUAUAAUGAUUGUCAGGCAGGUGAUUUUGGUACUAUGAUAGUUCAUACUGAAGAUGGCGACGAAGUGGCAGAAUCACCCAUUUUCCCAAGAAUAGAGUUCAUACCCGGCCUUGGUAGCAUCAAUUCUUUCACACAUGAUCCAAAGAGAGCGGAACUUAUUUCAAGUUUUUGGGCGGAGAACACAGGUGAUAGUGAUGCCAAUAAAGAUCGGGAUUUAGAUGAUCGUCCUGACAUACAGGAAUCAAAAGCAAUCCCACCUUUAACUGGAACAGUGAAGAAGCAUAUUGGUGCAGAAGGGACUAUAAGACGCCAUGAUAAUCAAGUUAAUUUGUCACCAGGACUUGCAAACACAACAACUAAAUUGAACAGCAGCCCGAGCCGUAAAGCGUUUUCGGUUCAGGACAAGCUCUGGUCAAUUUAUGCUGCCGGCAACACUGUACCAAUACCAUUUCUUAAGGCAAUCGACAUUUCACCACUAGCUCUAGUAUCAGAAAAUGAAGCAGGAAAUGGCCUGGCUGGGUCAAGUACAAGUGAUGCCUUGGAGGCAGUUAGGGAGCUGUUCAGUGGUGAUGGGCAGGCAAAGAAAGGACGGAAAGGUCAAAACGAAGUCCCUCUUCCUCCAGGUGUGCACCACAGGCUGAUGACAAGCCCCACACUGAUGAACCUGGCCCAAGCGCUAGCGUAUCAUAAAACGUGCUAUGAGGACAUGCCUCUACAAGAUUCACAAGCAACGCAAGAGCAGCAGACGAUACAAAAUCUUUGUGAUACACUUCGAACCAUACUGAGGUUGUAG